AUGCACGUCCGUGUGGCGCUGUUGCUGUUGCUGGGGCUCCUGGUCAAGGCCCAAGGAGGCAGACCAAUAAGGGUGCAGAAGUGCUGUGCGCAGUACGAGGUGCUGGCCGGCGACGGGCAGUCGUGCGUGGAGACCGACUGGGGCCGGAACGCCUCCUCUGCGCGCCGCGACGCCUUCGAGAUCUUCCUGGCGGCGCCGCUGGACGAAGAGCAGGUGCGCCCCUGGCUGCCGCAGGGGCUGCCCGUGCAAAACAUCACCGUGGUGGUGUUCAGCUCUCUGAGGCGGUACCCGAAUACCGCGCGCGUUAAUUCUUCUUCUCUCUGGGAGCAACACAAGCCUCCCAGCGACGACGCCUGGAAGAGAGAGGUCGUCUUCUUGGACGACCAAUACAUUGCCAGGCCCAGGCCGUGGGCGGGGCACAGGUCAGCUAAAUACUGCGUCGAUGCGGCUCUCCCGCCGCUGCAGCCCUUUCUUCUGUUUUUCAAGACGCAGUGCACCGACGACGAAUGCAUUUCAAAGUGCUGCGGGAAAAGGCAAGUCUUGGUGAACAAGGACGGCUUUUGGCAGUGCGAAAACGAUCCGGAAGGUUAUUGGUCGCCUAUUAAAUCUUCAUUGCGAAAGGUCUUAGACAUUGAUCCAGAGUUUCCUUACGAGGAACCAUGGGUUACCGCUUACGCACUAUGGUGCACACACCAUCGCCGCGCGUCCCUUGAAGAUCGUCCUGCCGGCUGGGCGCGCUAUGAGCUCCGCCAUUUUCUCUUCUCCUCCUGGAAAUUUUGCGUCGACCACUACCGCGACAGCAGCGCUUUACAUGAAGGGCUAUUCUACUGCGAACAUCCACGCAUCGCGAGGGGAAUUUACUGGCUGCUGCGACCGCUGUGUGUGGUCUCGGCGUUACUACUGGCCGUGGCGUUAUUAUCAAUCGCAUGCGACAGCGGCAUGCGACGCAAGGUGCACGGGUGGUGUCUUGCUCACCACGCUCUGUGCCUCUUUGGAUUCAACAUGGGACAGGUGGUGUAUUAUUUGGCAAUCAGUGACGAAAUAGACAUGAUAUUUAUUGAAAAAAUACCUGCUGACCUCCAAAGAACGUGCACAUAUUUAGUAAAACUGUAUCUGAAAAUGCUGCUUAUGACCGGCUUCGUAGAAAUUGUGUCCGAAAUCGUCAUGUGGAGCACGACGAAGUAUUUGAGGAGCGUCGGUUUCCAGUUUCGCGACUACUAUUUCCCGUACCGCUGCACCGGCUUCGUGGCGGACUUCGUGCGGGCGGCGUGCGUCGCCUGGCUGGCCAGCCCCGAGGGCGGUUACUUGCGCCUCGUCCGGCAGCGGCUGCGCGCAGCCAACCAAUAGGAGAGUUCCUUCUUUCCACCUAUUUAACCUUUCUUGGAUAGCAAUUGCAUACUUUCGCGCUGUGUGUUUCCGAGUUCUCUCCGUGUACAGAGCUAAGUUAGGCUCUUCCCAAAUUAUACUUACGCUCUAUCGGCAAAAACCGGGAGAGAUGGUUCAGGGCGUCAACUGAUGUCACUGCAGUUCCUCUGACCGGAAGGUUCUACGUUCGAGUCCCGACGGUGACAGGAAUUUCGAUACUAGCUUGUCAGCUAGGUCAAAUUCAGUCGCUGUCUAGAGGAGAAUUUUAGCGGCCGGCUUCUCUGAUCGGUGCUCUCUCCAAUCCAUACCAGGCGAAUGCCGGAUGCCUAACGAACGGGCCAAGAACCUUUCGAGAUCUUUCCUACCUCUUCCUUGUUCUAUGCUCACCCCUUACACUCUUCUUACAUUAACAUGCACUGCACUACCAUACAUGCCGGGAGACCGGCCGGGACCUUAGAGUUUGUCUCGAUGGUGGGAGAUACCUGGUUAGGGAAAACCCCACUAGCC